AUGGCAGUGCAGAGAGUUUUCGUGUCUUUACUUUGCCUUGUUUCCCUCGCCGCCAUAUACAGAUACAACACCCCAACCUCCUACAACAUGUCUUCGUCCGAUCUCAAGAUCCAACUGUCCUCUGGCUCGUCUCCAUCUGUCCUCAAAGUCACCAUCGAGAAUAAGAGCCCGAAACACACAUUCUCGUUGCUCACCUGGAACACCCCUCUGGACGAACAGGCUCUGAACAUCGGAGCUCUGACGCUGGAAGAUGCCGAGACCGGAGAGGCAGUACCGGGGCCGCAGAUGAAGGUCAACAGAAAGCUCCCUCCUCCCCGCGAUGCAGUAGUAGAAGUCUCUCCUCAGUCGACUGCCAGCAGAGAAGUCAACCUCUCGUUUCCCUGGAUUCCAAAGGACGGAAAAGUCUAUCGCAUCAAGACGCAAGGUGCGUGGAAAGCUGUGUGGGCGAAACCAGCAUCGCAGAUCACGGACGAAGAGCUCUCGGACAUGAUCGGUGACAGUCAUAUCAACGAGAACAUCAGCAGUGAGAGUGUGGAACUACAGCUUGGGGAAGCAAACACUUCCUGA